AACUUUUCAAAAGAACUGCGUAACUUGAGGCUUGGUUUGGCAAGUGACGGUUUUAAUCCUUUUUGAACUAUGAAUGUGUCACAUAGCAUAUGGCCAGUUGUCUUAAUGAUGUACAACUUUCCCCCUUGGAUGUCCAUGAAGUCAGAAUAUUGCAUGCUCUCUUUAAUCAUUCCUGGACCUUGUUCACCAGGAAAUAAUAUUGAUAUUUUUUUGCAACCAUUGAUCGAAGAGCUGAAGGAGCUAUGGGUGUCAGGGAUAGAUACUUAUGAUUCUUUUAAGAAUGAAACUUUUCAAAUGCAUGAUGCACUUCUUUGGACAAUCAAUGAUUUUCCAGCGUAUGCGAUGUUGUCAGGUUGGAGUACGAAAGGAAAGUUAGCUUGCCCUUGUUGUAAUCAUGAUACUUCUUUUUGUUACUUGAAACAUAGCCAAAAGAUAGUUUACAUGGACCAUAGGAGAUUUUUGCCAGUUGAUCAUGCAUGGAGGUCUAACAAGAGAUCUUUUAAUGGAAAAAUAGAAUUCAGGGGUCCACCACGAAUGUUAACGGGUGAAGAGGUUCUAGAUAUGCUAAAGUCAGUAGAUAAUGCCUCUGGGAAGACGCAAAACAAAAGUAAAGGCCAAUGGAAAAAAAGAUCAAUCUUUUUUGAGUUACCAUAUUGGCAGCACUGUAUGAUCAGGCACAACCUUGAUGUAAUGCAUAUUGAAAAAAACAUAGUUGACAGUAUAAUUGGUACCUUAUUGGAUAUCCCUGGAAAGACAAAGGAUCAUGCAAAAGCUCGUUAUGAUCUUAAGGAGAUGGGCAUUCGAAAGAAUCUUCACCCAAUAAAUACUAAGGAUGGCAAAAGAACUAAACUUGCUAGAGCAUGCUUCUCCAUGACCAAAGGGGAGAGAUCUAUUUUUUGUGGUGUUUUGAAGAAAACAAAAUUGCCUGAUGGAAGUGCUUCAAACAUUUCUCGUUGUGUACAACAAGAAGAGAGAAAGCUUUACGGUUACAAGACUCAUGAUGCUCACUUCAUGUUGCAUUACCUGUUGCAGAUACCAAUCAAGAGCAUUCUUCUAGAUCAUGUUGCUAUUCCUCUAGUGCGUUUGUGUUCCUUUUUUCGUCGGCUAUGUCAAAAAGAAAUCUCGUUAGAAGAGAUUAAUGGUUUGGAGUCGGAGAUUGUAGAGACUUUGUGCCAGUUGGAGAGGAUUUUUCCGCCGACCUUUUUUGAUAUAAUGGUUCAUUUGCCUAUUCAUUUAGCUAAUGAACUAAGGUUAGGUGGUCCCGUCCAGUUUCGAUGGAUGUAUCCGAUUGAGAGAUAUAUGUGCACACUAAAAGGGUAUGUACAUAACAGAAGUUGUCCAGAAGGAUCAAUUGCGGAGGGUUAUUUGGCUGAAGAGUGUUUAACUUUUUGUUCAAGAUAUUUGCAUGAGGGAGUGAAAACAAGAUUCAACAGAGUAUCUCGGAAUAAUGAUGCAGGCACUUCAACCGAAGAUCCUGAUUCAAAUUUGUUCGCAAACAAGGGAAGUCCAUUGGGUGGAAAAAAGGGCAACUAAUUAUUUUGGACGAAAAGUCACUCCAUCAAGCUAAUGCAUAUGUAGUGAAUAAUUGCGAUAACGUGGAGCCUUACAUGAGAGAACAUUGUGAGCAACAAAAGCAAGACAAGCGGAAGCGGAAGUGGAACAUCGUUAAAGAUCAGAAUGAAGACUUUAUCGAGUGGUUUACGAGACGUGCCAUGAAGGAUGAUGUUCCCGGUUGGUUACGACAGCUGUCUAAGGGUCUAAAUAAAGUUGCAAAAUCAUUUUCUGCUUAUGUUGUCAACGGGUACAGAUUUCAUACUAAGCGACGAGAAGUGAUGCGAAAAACGCAAAAUAGUGGUGUCACUGUGGUGGCUGAAACUACAAGCUUUGCGAGUGUUAAGGACAAAAAACCAAUAAAGGCCAAUAUAAGAUAUUAUGGUAGAAUCAUGGAUAUUAUCGAGUUAGACUAUUAUAGCCAAUUUAAAGUUAUGUUAUUUAAGUGUGAGUGGUUUAUGGCUGAGGAAGAUAAUUAUGGUUUGACAUACGUUCAUUUCAACAAAAGAUGUUACCAAGACGAACCAUUUGUGUUGGCAAGCCAAGCACACCAGUGCUUUUAU